AUGCAUUGGAAAUGGAAAAAUUGUCCUACGGCUUGGGGAGGACAAUAUGCUAGUCGUAGUGGAUCUCCGAAUAUUAUUCUUGAAGCUGUAGCUUACUAUGAUAUUUGGAUAUGGCAUGCAUAUUUUGGUCUACCUGGAUCUAACAAUGAUAUUAACGUGUUGGAGGUGUCCCAUCUUUUUGCUAAUCUUGUUGCGGGUAUUUCUCCACCUUCUAAUUAUGUCAUUAAAGGGAACGAGUAUAAUAUGGGUUAUUAUUUAGCCGACGGUAUAUAUCCAAAAUGGUCAACUAUUGUUCAAACCAUUCGUAAGCCACUUGGCCCGAAGAAACAAUUAUUUGCUCGAAAACAAGAAGCAUGUAGAAAAGAUGUAGAACAAGAUGAACGCGACUUUAAUGCACCCAUUGAAGAACGACUUGAAGUGCCAAAUCCAGAAGUUGAGAUGGUGGGUAAUGACGAUGCUCGAUUUCAAAAAUUUCUAGCUCGACAUAGAAAAAUCAAAGACAAGGAUGCUGACAUUGCACUUCGAAAUGCAUUAAUUGAACACUUGUUGUAA